AUUUAUAUAAAUGUCAUGCAAAAAUUAUUUCUUGUUUUACAGGUAUUUUUUUUUCUUGCAACGGAAAUUAUGGAAUUACAGAGCAUAUUAGUCUAUAUCAUUUGGAUUCCAUUUGUUCUGCAUUCUGCAUCAAAGACACAUGCAGAGAUACCUGAUGCAUCUAAAGGAUGUACAGAAUCAAAGGAAACUGCAGUUUCUGUAGAAACUUGUCCAAAAACAGAACAGGAAUGGAAAGAGGCAGCAUCAAGGAAAGGAUGCAAUAAAAUCAGUCACUCUUGUUCCUCAUUUGAAUAUCACUGUGUCAUAAAUGCAUGGAAAAAUGAAACAGUAGAAGUCUGUGCACCGAUUAAAAAUAUCGUUGGAAACGUAUGCACAGAGUAUAGUUUUGGUGGAUCCCGAAUACAGCGCAACUCAGAGGCAGGAUGCAAAAAUUGUCCAUCUUUUUAUUACUCUAACAAGAGCUACAAAUAUCCUGAGUACAAUAUAAAUUCAACAAGUUUUUUUUUCACUUCUACUCUGAAGACCACGGCUAUAUCAGACAACAAAGAAUCCAUUACUCCCUCUAAACAGGAAAUGGUGUCCACUAAUCCGGAUUCAGCUCCCUCCAGACAGAAAGGGUUGUCCACUGAUCCGGAUUCAGAAUCAGAUCUCAAUAUCAAAAUACUCAUCCCAAUCUGCAUCGGACUUGCCUGUCUAAUAGCAUUUAUGCUCGUAUGUGCUGUAUAUCAUUCAAGAAAAGAAUGUUUCUUAAUAAGAGAUAUAAUUGCACGGAUAUGCACGUUUAGGAAAAGACAGAAACAAACCAGCUUUAAUGAAAAUAUUAAUACUCAUAUUGAAAACACGCCAUUAAGGGAAGAAACACCAGACCAUUGUUCAGUAAAUAUGGAACCAUCAUGACAAUAGAUGAGAAAAAUGAUGUGUGAUCCUGAGAAAAACUACAACUUGAUGACACAAUAAUACGGCCUUUAUUUGUUGUAUGCAUUCAUGUACUAAUUUGUUACUGACUGAAAAAAAUGGCAGCUAAUGUUUUUGUUGUGUUCUAUUUACAUGUAUUAACGGUAUGCAGGUACUGUUUUAUACUCUUUUAUUACAUUUGUUUUAUGAACUGUGCCAAACCUUGCUCAAUAAAG